UUCUCUCCUCCAUUUCCAAAACCGCUCCGAGUCAGCCGGGUGAGACAAAGAGGCUUCAGUCCGGGUUUCACUUCAACCUGUAAAGAAAAAUGGCCAGACCAAGAGUUUUCUUCGACAUCACUGCAGAUGGAAAACCAGUGGGCAGGAUGAUCAUGGAGCUGAGAGCCGAUGUUGUCCCCAGGACAGCAGAGAACUUCAGGCAGCUGUGCACAGGACAGCCUGGCUUUGGCUACAAGGGAUCCACCUUCCACCGUGUCAUCCCUGGUUUCAUGUGCCAGGGUGGUGACUUCACAAACCACAACGGAACUGGGGGCAAGUCCAUCUACGGCCACAAGUUUGAGGAUGAGAACUUCAGCCUGAAGCACACUGGCGCCGGCUGCCUGUCCAUGGCCAACGCUGGCCCCAACACAAACGGUUCCCAAUUCUUCGUCUGCACGGCUCUCACCAGCUGGCUGGACGGUAAGCACGUGGUCUUUGGCCAGGUCGUGGAUGGCUUGGACGUUAUCAAAAAGGUGGAAGGCUACGGCUCCAACAGCGGCAAAACCAGUGCCAAGAUCGCCGUUGCAGAUUGCGGCCAGCUGUAGACACCCCGUCCCUCGUACAUCUAUUUCAUAUCCUGAUCUAGUCCCCUAAAUCCUGGCUCUGAUUGCAACAUUCCUGUUCUGACUUGCAUCCUCUAGUCCAUCCAUCCCCUACUCCUGUUCAUUUGUAUGGUCAUUUUGAAGAGUUGCCUUGUUUUUGCUUGGUUUUGCUUUUUAUUUGCAAUUAGGAAGCCAUAGGCUUUAAGGUUUAUGUAUCAAGAUCUGAAAAUAAAAAAGGGGAACAAUGACACAA